AUGUAUUGGGUUACACCUUUCAUAGUUUUCAAUUUAUUACAAUCUAUGGAGUUCUGCAUGAGAAUGGUUCCGCCUGAUGACGUUAGCAUUACUACGGAAGGACCAACUAUCGUGACCGAAGCAACGACAGAGCCGGUGGUAGAAGCAACGACAGAGCCGGUGGUAGAAGCAACGACAGAGCCGGUGACAACAGAAACAGUAACAGUAACCGAAACUGACUCAACAACUGCUGCAGCCGAAGAUUGUUCAAUGUGUGACAUAGAUGCUAUUACUUUAAAAACAGUUGAAGGGGACAAAUAUCCGCUUACUUUUUCACAACCAACAACACCAACAGGAGAAGAUUGCAUAGAGCAAAACUUGUUUUGUGGACCUCCAGUCGGAAUGACUUGUCCCGACGUAACAGUAUAUGGUGUUCUUUCGAUAUGUAAACACGUAUGGCACAGGUGGAUUUUAGAAAAAUGGCAUUGCGGCGGAUUUUUGAAAAAUGUGCCGCAAUGCCAUUUUUCAAAAAUCCGCCGCAAUGCCAUUUUUCAAAAAUCCGCCGCAAUGCCAUUUUUCAAAAAUCCGCCUAAAUUGGUGCUAUUUGGUGCUACAUCGGUGCUAUUUGGUGCUCCAUUGGUGCUAAAUUGGGGCUAUUUGGUGCUCUAUCGGUGUUAA